AUGGAGGAGGAAACUCACUUGGCCGUGAGGCGAUUCCUUGCUACCCAUCUUGGUCCUUCAAUCGAGGUAAUGCCAACGGACAUUAUGGCUGCAGACGGAAAAACCAUUGUCCAGGAGUGGAAUGCUGUCUUUAAAGAUGGCAAUGUCCUGUACUUAUGCGAGGCCAAGCAUAAUAUGACCGAUAAACAAGUGAACAAGCUCCCUGCAAGAAUUCGCAAGUUCAAGGAGUUUCAAGCCAAUGCCCAGCCAGAAUUUCGAAAUGUCACAAAGUAUGUUGGGGUGUUGUGUGGUACGUUGUUUCCAGAGGAUAUUAGAAAGAUCGCACACCUUGGAUUCAUUUGCGUUUAUCCAUCAGGAUAUUGUUACGAUGUCAAAAAGCCGGAGGAUUUCAUCAUUGAACGUUAA